UAUCGUUCCUGUUUAAAUGUCUAGCAAUAUUUUGUCAACAUCGGAAAUAUCGAUUUUUGAGGGACAGGUUUUAACAUGCAAGUAGCCUAGCAGCAAAAAUACACGUUGAUGAUUCAUGUUUAAAUGCUACCUCCAUAUAAACAAACUACGACCUAAACAUAGGACAUUAAUCAUAGAGGGGUAUACUAGAAAACAUCGGAAAUAAAUCGGUUUCACGGAACUAAAUAACAAAUGGCGAAUGCUACGGAUGACAUCGCAGACUCAGUGAAGAGGAGUUUGAUAGUAGACGAGGCGGCGUUCGAAGAGCAAUUCUUGCGGUGCCACAUCUGUAACGAGAAGUACGACCAGACAGAGCGCCACCCCAAAUCUCUGCCGUGCAACCACACCUUCUGUCUGCCGUGUCUCAAGCAGGUGUUCGAUCACAACCAGCAGAACAGCCGAACCAGACGACAGAUCACGUGGUUCGAUGACUCGUACGAAGGAGUGCUGAAAUGCCCCGAGUGCCGAGUGGAGAUUUUCCUGAGACGUGCGGAGAUCGAGUCUCUUCCUUCGGACCACCGCGUGAUUCAAAUGAUGGACUUCUUGUCCCAGGUUUCGGCCAAGUCUCAGAAUGUUUGUGGAAAACACGAAAACCAGCCGUUGAACUUUUUCUGCAAGAAAUGUCUGCAUCCCGUCUGUCGAGACUGCACUGUGUUAGACCACAAGGAGAACCAGGGUCACAACAUCGUGGACGUGUCUGACGCGCUGAGUGAGAGCAAGGAGAGUUUUGAUAAGAUCGAAAACAGCAGCAAGCAGCUGUUAGACAAAAUGAAAGGCCGAACGGACAGCCUAGCGAACGCCUCGAAACAACUGGACCUUCUAGAGAGGCAGAUGCGGGGAACCAUUAAAGACACGUUCAUCGAAUACAGACUUCUUAUUGAGAGGAGACAAGAGGCGCUGAUCAAAAUUCUUAAGGAUUCCAUUAAAGAACAGAAGACAGCUAUCAAUACGCGGUUCGUUGACAUCGCUACACAGGGUUCUUCUCUACAGAAACUGUACGACCAGUUCCUGAAGGCAAGGUCUGUAAACGACCUGAAAAAACUUUUCGAAAUCCAACAGGAAGUGACGCAAAAAGAAUCCCAAUUCAAGGUCACUGCUGAGGCAAACGAUGACGAGUUAUUCAUCGCGUGUAAGUUCGACGUCCCUUCUGAGUGUCAGUUUUUGGCGGAAAUGAGUGGACUGGGAGAGGUCACCACCCAAGAGGACCAAAAUCUACGUAACCCCGUCCCCGCCCAUCAGCUCGUGCUACUGGACAACAUGGAGACGCGUCAGCCGCACGCGUACAUUCCGGAUUAUCCGGAAGAUCAGCAGGAGGAACACGACGACACCUCUUCCGGCGUCGGAAGGUUGCGUCGCCAUCUGCAAUCUUCCACUGCGCUGACCCCGCCAUACGCAACAGACGACAACUACGACGAAGAAGACGAAGAAACUCGAGAGACCAUCGCUUCUUCUUACUUGAUGAGGAUCGCAUCUCGUCUGAACCAGAGCGCGGCGGACAUGGCGGAAGUCCUGCGCACUGCUGACGCCGACGAUGACGCGGGGACAGAGACUAGGUCACAUCCCCGCAGCAGGGGUACUACUUCAUCAAGGUCAUCCCGAAGGUCGAACGUGAGGGUGGUGCGUCAUCCCUCGGCGAGUUCCGGGGGUCAGAGAACAGAGCAGGAACAGGGUCACUACCAACGAUAACGUUGUCAUGUGUGAAAACAAUUCUACUUCUGUCAUUCAUUUUUAAUAUAAAAACAUGUACAGUUAUAUAUAGACGCAUUCAUUGACCGUGAUGAUGAUGUGAUACAGACCAAACAUGUGAUAAAAAUUCUGUACUUAGAACAACCCCCCCCCCCUCCUCCCCCCCCCCCCCACCCCACACACAUGCAAACCGGAAUACUUUUACCAACCACGUGCUCUUUCAUAUUUUGUUCAUAAUAGUGAUAUAUUUGUUUGUUUUAGAGAGAGAGAGAGAGAGAGAGAGAGAGAGAGAGAGAGAGAGAGAGAGAGAGAGAGAGAGAGAGAGAGAGAUUUUUUCUGAUACACGACCAAUCAUGGCCAGUCUUUUCAUGUCAUCAUAUGCUAUUGUAGUCCCACCUUCAACAAAUACCAAAAAACAAUGUAAAGUUGCUGUAUUUAUUGAUUUCUUGUACAUUUAUGAAUAAUUAUACCUUGUCAAGGCUUAUUUUAUCCAAAUUAAAGUCCCACUUCAGUAUCAAAUUAAAAUGGACCUGCACAGUUAAAUUUUCAACCAUUUCAGUCAAUGUGUUGUAACAUUCUUGAUCUUGGCAUAAGUUAACACAUGGUUAAUAUUACACACUGUACGCGGCGUUAUCGCUUCCUUUAGUUCCUUUUAUCUGAAUCUGUUAUUUAUUUUAAGAUUUCGUUCAUGGUUGGCUUGUACUUAUGGAACAUACCUUUAUUUAGUAUAUUAUAUGAUUGUGAAAUUUUCAUGAAAUAUAUAAAUAAGAAUUACUCUUUGUUGCUUUCAAAUAAAUUUUGUAAAGAUCAAAGGCUCUCUUCUUUAAC